AUGGACAGCUGUGAGUCUCCCGUGUUUUCUGGGACAGACGAUGGGCUCAGCUCCUCCCAGCAGCAGCAGCAGCAACCUCCACAGCCCUGGAACGAUCACCCGAGCCUACACCUUCCUUGCACCAACCAGGCCCCUUCCCUGGACCCACUGUCUUUUUCUGCUCCUUAUCCUUCUCAAUCCCAAAACCCUUCUGCUCUCCAUGACGAGGUGAGAGAACUGCAGUCCCAGUCAAAACAAACAUCAACCCAGGCUCACCGGGGUAGCGUGGCCACCGGUCAGCCGCGUUCUAAGAGAGGGGGCCGUGAAGGAGAGGGGCAAGACGGACUGAGCUGUGGAGAAGAGGAAGAAUCGGAGGACUUGGAUGAAAUGGAAAUUGACAGCUGUUUCCCAGGUCUUCAACCCUUUCCCGGGGUAGUGAUGUCUCAAGGCGGAGGAGGCAUGCCAACACUUCUUCGUCAUCAGCCCACUCAACGGCAAGGUGGGCUUGAGAGCGGAAGUGAAGAGGGAGAGGAGGAAGAGGAAGAGGAGAGCAGUGAUGUGGAGAACCUAGCUGGAGAGAUUGUAUACCAACCAGAUGGCUCAGCCUAUAUUGUAGAGAGCCUCAGUCAGCUGAUCCAAAGCAGUGGGGGCGUGGUUCCUGGCUUGCUUCCCACAAACUCUCUCUCUGGUGGGGGAAAAGCAGGAGAACCUGCCGGCGCUUCAUCCUCGGUCUACCCUCAGAUCAUCAACACGUUCCACAUAGCCUCGUCCUUUGGGAAGUGGUUUGGCAACUCAGACCAAGGUUUCUCCAAUACCUCAUCCAUGACAGGGCUCAGUCCUGUCCUGCACAGUUUUCGUGUCUUUGACGUGCGGCACAAAAGUAACAAGGAUUACCUUAACAGCGAUGGGUCUGCCAAGAAGUCCUGUGUAUCCAAAGAUGUUCCCAAUAAUGUGGAUUUCUCCAAAUUUGACGGCUUGGCCCUAUACGGCAAGGGUAAACCGAUUCUCAUGUGUUUUCUCUGCAAGCUGUCCUUUGGGUAUGCUCGUUCUUUUGCCACGCAUGCUGUCCAUGACCACCGCAUGACGCUGUGUGAGGAUGAACGCCGUCUAUUGGGGGACAACCAUGCAUCUGCUAUCAUCCAGGGCAUUGGGAAAGACAAAGAGCCCCUCAUCAGCUUCCUGGAACCAAAAAGUAAGAGCACUCCUGUGCCACCUCCCCUGCUUCCUAUGAACUCUGGUCAGACAUUUUACGGCACUUUUAGUGGUGUCCAUCUGGAGCCUGGAAGCAGCAGCGGAGGUAGUGAGACCCUCCUGAACAAAGAUUCUGACUCUAGCCUCCAGCAGAAGCAAGCCCAGCUAAGCUCGGUCUUGCCUCUUGGAAGACUGGGUACUCCCAAAGCAUCCACUCUUCCCUCAACCCCAGGCUCUGCCAAAGACUCCAAUGCCCCGUCUUUACAUGGGGGGAGAACAGAGGAGCCUAACAGGAAAGAGUCGGCUUAUGCGGGCAUGGAUGGGGCCAGCGAGGGCCAUAACAGUACAACACACCUAUCCAGCCAUGUGGGGGGUACAGAAGAAGAGCAAGGGAAAACGUCAUUAGGGGAGGAAAAUGAGGUGGAGGCAGAAGGCACAGGAGUGACCAGUGGUGUUAAUAGUAGCGGUGGAGGAGGUGAAGCAGGGGAACCAGCUAUUUCAAACCAAAGCAUUUCCAAAUCUCCUUUAUUAAUGCCUAGUAGCACUCUUCAGCCUUCUGCCUGCAACCCUGCGGUCAGCUACACACUAAACAGCAAAUCCCCUGCUUCCACUUCCUCCCCUGUCAAAGAGGAGGUUUCAUCUACAGAAGGUGGGGGGAGAACUUCAGAGCUCCCUCUGAGCUUUAACUGCCAGGGAACUACUGUACCCAUGGCAAUGGCGGCAGCCAAUGUCAGAAAGAGUGAGGAGGACACUGCUGGCACCUCUUUCUCACCUCUGUCCUCCAACGCUGCUGCUGACGAAAGUGCCAAUCGAGAUAGUGCCACAGCUCCAGAACCAAAUGAUUGCCCGGCUGAGGAAGAGGAGGAAAACGGAUCCCUUCUGCAGCAACACCACACACACCACCACCAUCAUCAUCACCUGCAUCCAUCAUCUCAUGGCCACAUUCACCCCCAACCCGGAGGUUCCUGUGACAUAACAGGGAUGAAUGACUGUUCACAGAACCACGGGCCUGGUGGUACUGUAGGAAGUGGGGUGGAAUGCCCUAAAUGUGACACCGUUCUAGGUUCCUCACGCUCUUUGGGUGGUCACAUGACCAUGAUGCAUUCGCGUAACUCAUGCAAGACACUCAAGUGUCCCAAAUGCAACUGGCAUUACAAAUAUCAGCAGACUUUGGAGGCACACAUGAAAGAAAAGCAUCCAGAUUCUGGAGGCUCCUGCGCAUAUUGCAGCAGUGGUCAAAGUCAUCCUCGUCUAGCGCGUGGAGAAAGCUAUACUUGUGGAUACAAACCUUUUCGAUGUGAGGUGUGUAACUACUCAACCACCACUAAAGGAAACCUAAGCAUCCACAUGCAGUCGGAUAAACACCUAAACAACAUGCAGACGCUGCAAAAUGGAGGUUCUAUUGGAUCCGCACCGGAACAAGUGUUCGGACACGGCCCGGGAGGCGUUGUGGCUGUGCCCUCUGUGACCCAGGCCAGUAGCCAUCACCCCGCCCACCACCAUCCCACGCAGUCCUCCGCCCAUGUAACUGGACCAUGCGGGGCCCCCUCACCGACCAAGCCAAAGAGCAAACCGACUUGGCGCUGCGAGGUAUGCGACUACGAAACCAACGUGGCACGGAACCUCCGUAUCCACAUGACGAGCGAGAAGCACAUGCACAACAUGAUGCUCCUCCAGCAGAACGUGACUCAGAUGCAACAUGGUCGACUGGCACUUGGAGCCAUGCCCUCGCCUUCAGAGGCCGAGCUCUAUCAGUAUUACCUGACACAGAAUAUGAGCCUGCCGCCGGGCCUCAAGAUAGACCCAACAGGAGCGGAGGCCCAAUUCCUGAUGGGGGGCUUUCCUUUGGAUCCCAGCAUGGCUGCCUUGACCCCUGCACUUGUAGGUGGGGAACUUCCUAUGGAUAUGCGCCUGGGCAGUGGCCAGUUGGUGUCAGAAGAACUGAUGACGCUAGGAGAAAGUCUAUCGCAAACUAGCGACCCCUCGCUCAAACUCUUCCAGUGCGCUGUGUGCAACCGCUUUACCACCGACAACCUGGACGUGCUCGGCAUCCACAUGGGUGCCGAGCGCAGCCUACCUGAGGAGGAGUGGCGCGCCGUGGUGGGCGACUCUCACCAGUGCAAGUUGUGCCACUACACCACUCAGCUCAAGGCAAAUUUCCAGCUCCACUGCAAGACGGACAAGCACGUUCAAAAGUAUCAGCUCGUGGCCCAUAUCAAGGAAGGAGGCAAAGGCAACGAAUGGCGGCUAAAAUGUGUGGCCAUCGGUAACCCAGUGCACCUGAAGUGCAACGCUUGCGACUACUACACGAACAGCUUGGAAAAGUUGAGGAUGCACACGGUCAAUUCCCGACAUGAGGCAAGCCUCAAACUUUACAAGCACCUGCAGCAGCACGAAAACGCCGUGGAGGGCGAUGCCUGCUACUACCACUGUGUGCUGUGCAACUACUCGACCAAGGCCAAGCUCAACUUGAUCCAGCAUGUACGCUCCAUGAAGCACCAGCGCAGCGAGAGCCUCAGGAAGCUGCAGCGCUUACAGAAGGGCCUGCCCGAGGACGACGAAGACCUCAGCUCCAUCUUCACCAUUCGCAAAUGCCCCUCUUCAGAUACAGGAGAGCUGAGUGAGGAUGUGGAGGCUGCUAGUGAGACCACCACAGACCAGGAGGACCAAACCAAAGACAGAGAAAGUGGGGGGGAGAAGGAGCUCACCAAAGGGACAGUGUCCGGCCAUUCGGAACAGCACCAGUCAGAUUCCCCGAUUGCUAGCAAAAGGCCCUCGUCACAGUCGGAGACCUCUGAGAGCCCGCAGUCCUCAAAGCGUCCCCGGGCAGCUGAAAAACGAGCUGCGGAGCAGAUGUACCAGUGCCCUUACUGCAAGUUCACCAACACGGACCUGAAUCGUCUCAGAAUGCACGUGAUGACGCAGCACUCUGUUCAGCCCAUGUUACGCUGCCCGCUCUGCCAGGACAUGCUCAACAACAAGAUCCACCUGCAGUUCCACCUCACGCACCUGCACAGUGUCGCACCCGACUGUGUGGACAAGCUCAUCGCCACAGUUACAGCAACAGAUGUCCUACCAGAAAGCAUGUUCAUACCUGUUCCUGGUCCUGAAAAAGAGUCUCAAAACCCCUCUCAAGCUGUUGCCAACGCUGAGGACAAGCAACAACAGCAACACCCUGAUGCUUUAGAUGCUGAAAUGGAGAGGGGAGGUUCACUUCCUAUGGAAACAGCUGAGGCACGCAAGUCACCUCAGGAAGAUCAACAAACAGAGAAAGAUGAUGCAACUGGCUUUCUGUGCUGGAAGAAAGGCUGUAGUCAAGUGUUUAAAUCAUCCAACUCUCUCCAGAUGCACUUCAAUGAAGUUCACAACAAAAGGCCUCAGCUUCCUGUUUCUGAUCGCCAUGUCUACAAGUAUCGUUGUAACCAGUGCAGCUUGGCCUUCAAGACUGUGGAAAAGCUGCAGCUCCAUUCCCAGUACCAUGUGAUCCGAGCAGCCACUAUGUGCUGCCUCUGCCAGCGGAGUUUCAGGACACUACAAGCCUUGAAAAAACAUUUGGAAACCAGCCACCUGGAACUUAGUGAAGCUGAUAUACAGCAGCUGUACGGUGGCUUAUUGAUGAAUGGUGACAUUAUGGUCAUCGGUGACUCAGCUCUCGGUGAAGAACAUGGAGGUCUGGGAGAAGAUGACAAAGAGGGAGAAGAGAGUGACCCAGAGGAAAAGCAAAGCCCAACAGGCAGUGAUUCUGGCUCACUGUUAGAAGAUUCUGGCUCUGAACCAAAACGUGCUUUGCCAUUCAGAAAAGGCCCCAACUUCACCAUGGAGAAGUUCUUGGAUCCAUCUCGUCCAUUCAAGUGCACUGUCUGCAAAGAGUCAUUCACACAGAAGAAUAUUCUGUUGGUUCAUUAUAACUCUGUCUCCCAUCUGCACAAGGUGAAGAGAGCUCUCCAGGAGUCCACUACUGGUCAACCAGAGCUGACAAGCAGCCCUGACAACAAGCCAUUCAAGUGUAGCACGUGUAAUGUGGCAUACAGCCAGAGUUCCACUUUGGAGAUCCACAUGCGCUCUGUUCUGCACCAGACAAAAGCAAGGGCAGCCAAACUUGAAGCGGCAGGAGGCAUAACUAGCUCCGCAAGUGUUACUGGUGGAGGUGGAGGAAGUACGACUAUCAGCACUUCAACAGCAAGUCCAGGCCCAACAAGCAACUCAACAACAAAUUCUACCAACCACGGGUCGUCUGGGUCUCAAACUGCUCAAAAUAUUCUUGGAGGAAACCAGACCUCGCAAAGUCAUAGUCAUGAAAGGAGCAGUUCAGUUAGCAGCCAGUCCUCGCCAUCGGAGAACAAUGAGGUAAAAAAGGCUAAAUAUGCAGAUAUGCUACCUACACGUGGGCAACAGCUCCAGCAACAACAGCAAUUAGCUCACGCUCAAGCACAAGCUCAAGCUCAGCUUCAGCAAGAACUCCAGCAGCAGGCUGCUCUUCUACAAUCUCAGCUCUUUAAUCCAGCACUUCUGCAGCACUUCCCCAUGACAACUGAUGCACUUCUCCCGUUGCAGCAGCAGCAGUUGCUGUUUCCUUUCUAUAUCCCUGGAGCAGAAUUUCAACUAAACCCAGAGAUCAACAUAAGUAACUCAGCACUUGGCUUAACAGGAGCAAGCACCUCCUCGUUACUGGAAGACCUAAAAAACUCAGCCCAACAGAGCUGCUUGCAGCAGCAGCUGAUGCAUCACCACCUUCAGCAGCAGGUGCAGCAGCAGCAGCAGCAGUCUCACUCACAGGUACAGGGACAAAUGGCAUUGCUACAACAGAGUGCUUCUCUCCACCAGCAGGUUGAAAAAAAGCAGAAGCCUCCUUCCUCGCAAAAUGACAAAGAUAUACAACGAGACAAAGAUGCAACUGAAAAAAAUGAGGAUGUCAAUAAAGAGUCAGUGGAGAAAGUAAAGGAAAGGAAGGACAUUCAACACAUUUCAACCAGUAUUAACCACGACUCUGGCUUACUUCCUCCAAGGAUUGCUUCCGAUGCUCGUGGAAACGCAACCAAAGCUCUGUUGGAAAAUUUCGGAUUUGAGCUAGUAAUUCAGUACAAUGAAAAUAAACAAAAAGCCCAGAAAAGGGGAGCUGGGCCAACAGGAUCGAGUGGACCAGGUGGGAUCACUAGAGUGGUGGAUCCUAUUGAGGGAUUGGAAAAACUGGAGUGUGAAGCCUGUGGCAAGCUGUUUUCAAAUAUACUGAUUCUAAAGAGCCACCAGGAACACAUACACCAGGCGUUCUUCCCAUUUCGAUCCCUUGAGAGAUUUGCAAAGGAAUACAGAGAGAAUUAUGAUAAACAGUAUCCGCUGAGACCCCCUACACCAGAGGCUCCUCCAGCACCUCCCCCUCCUCCGCCACCCCCUCCACCCCAAAGAGCUCCUACACCAAAUAUCCCUGUGUCCGCAGCCUCACACACACCUCCAACUGUGCCUACUCCACAGCCUCAAGUUCCAAUGCCACAAAUUCCAAUGCCAAUGGAUUUGCCCAUUUUCUCACCACUAAUGAUGCAGCCCAUGUCACUCCAGUCUUUGCCCAGCCAAUUGACCCCCCAGAUACCAUCCGUUGAACCCAGCUUGGCCUCAGACUUGGCCCAGCUUUAUCAACAACAGCUCACCCCGGCCAUGCUUCAGCAGCAACAGAACAAGAGGCCACGGACACGUAUCACAGAUGAUCAGCUUCGGGUCCUGCGACAAUACUUUGAUAUAAACAAUUCACCUAAUGAAGACCAGAUUAAAGAGAUGGCAGAUAAAUCAGGACUGCAGCAAAAAGUUAUAAAGCACUGGUUCAGAAACACACUUUUUAAAGAGAGACAACGCAACAAAGACUCACCAUACAACUUCAAUAACCCACCAACUACAACACUUGAAGAUACUAAAAUUGACUCAAAACCACCUUCUCCUGAACCACAAAAGCAAGACUUCUAUGGGAGUAAGAGAUCUUCGAGAACAAGGUUUACAGACUACCAGCUGAGAAUCUUACAAGAUUUCUUUGAUGCCAAUGCAUAUCCUAAGGACGAUGAGUUUGAACAGCUUUCCAACCUUCUAAGUCUCCCUACUCGUGUUAUUGUUGUUUGGUUCCAAAAUGCUCGCCAGAAGGCAAGAAAGAACUAUGAGAACCAGAGUGAAGGGGCCAAGGAUGGUGAGAGACGCGAGCUAUCAAACGAUCGUUAUAUUCGUACGUCAAAUCUGAACUAUCAGUGCAAAAAAUGCAACUUGGUUUUCCAGAGAAUAUUCGAUCUGAUAAAACAUCAAAAGAAGUUGUGCUACAAAGAUGAAGAUGAGGAUGGACAGUAUGACAGCCACAAUGAGGAUUCUGUUGAUCUUUCUAAUGAAUGUUACACUCCUUCUGGUUCCUCUUGCCACACUCCAAUGCCCUCCUCUUCAAGUCUAUGCCCACUUCCACCUACUACUUCAGCAUUUUCACACCUCCCUUCUGCUGAUAAGGAGGAGGCGUCACCAGCAACCACCUCAAACCCCCAUGAAGAAAAGCCAAAAGAGCUACCAGACAUAUCAGUUGAUCCCCUGAAUAAGACAUCUAUUAAGCAGGAAAAUGUACCCCAAUCCCAAUCAGAGUCGCAAAAGCAGAGACAUCAGCGAGAAGAGAAUAUUCAACCGAUUUCCAAGUCCAACAAACAUUCCUCGCCUUCCUUUACUCAACAGCAACUACAAUGUGGUCCAUCAGCUUCUCAGACAAGCCAGGCCUCCUCGCAAAGCUCUCACAUAAGCCACAAUCCACAUUUGACUUCUGCUACACAGCAAAUGGCACAGCAACUCAUCCCAUACCAGUGCGAUCAGUGCAAGAUUGGUUUCCCCUCCUUUGAGCACUGGCAAGAGCACCAGCAAUUACACUUCCUCUCCGUGCAGAAUCAGUUCAUCCACCCACAAUUCAUUGAUCGCUCAAUGGACAUGCCUUUCAUGCUGUUUGACCCGAGUAAUCCUCUCCUGGCUGGCCAGUUACUCUCUGGGGCAAUGCCCCAGAUCCCCAGCAGCUCAGCCUCUUCUCCAUCCACCCCAACAUCCACAAUGAACUCCCUGAAGAGGAAGCUAGAGGAGAAAGCUGGCACUAGCCCUGGAGAGAAUGACAGCACAAACAGUGAAGAACCACAUCGAGACAAGCGGCUUAGAACAACCAUCACACCAGAGCAGCUAGAGGUUCUUUAUCAGAAGUACCUAUUGGACUCUAAUCCUACACGCAAGAUGCUUGACCACAUUGCUCAUGAGGUGGGGCUGAAGAAGAGAGUAGUACAAGUCUGGUUUCAAAAUACCAGAGCAAGAGAGCGAAAAGGCCAGUUCAGAGCAGUGGGGCCAGCUCAAGCUCAUCGAAGAUGCCCCUUUUGCCGAGCUCUCUUUAAAGCAAAAACUGCCCUCGAAGCACACAUUCGCUCUCGUCACUGGCAUGAGGCCAAACGUGCUGGCUACAAUUUAACCCUUUCUGGUAUGUUACCUGACCAUGAGGGGAUCCAAAUAAAGUUGGAUGCUUUGGAGGCAUCCAACUACUCUCAAAUGGCGUCUUCAAAUAUGGAUGGACAAAGUUCCUCUAUGUCUCCAGUGAAUAGAGGAAUGGAUUUGUCUCCCAGGGCUCUACUGAGUCCUUCCUCAAUUAAAGUUGAAGGAAUGGAAGAUUUUGAGACCUCAGCCAUGUCUGCUGUUAACCUCACUUUUGAUCAAAACAAACUGGAUAAUGACGACUGCUCCUCUGUUAACACAGCCAUCACAGAUACUACAACAGGUGAUGAGGCUAAUGCUGAUAAUGACAGCGCUGAUGCAAAACACAGCCAGAGUAGUAGUGAUUACCUGCCGAAGCCUGGGGGCACUGUCCCCAUCAUUGAAAAUGAUGACCAGAUGUCUUCGGGGCUCGUAAGCCCUGCUACAAGCUAUUAUGCUAAGGACUGUGAAAAUGAACACAUAAUUGACCACAGUGAGACAUCCAGCCUGGCAGACCCUUGCUCACCUAGUCCUGGAGCUUCAGGCACCAGGAGCAUCGACAGUGGUGAUCGCCCUGGUCAAAAGCGUUUCCGAACUCAGAUGACAAAUCUCCAGCUUAAGGUAUUGAAAUCCUGUUUUAACGACUACAGGACUCCUACCAUGCUGGAAUGUGAAGUACUUGGCAAUGAUAUUGGACUUCCAAAGAGGGUGGUUCAGGUGUGGUUCCAAAACGCCCGUGCCAAGGAGAAAAAGGCAAAGCUCAACAUGGCUAAGCACUUUGGAAUUAAUCAGACAUCCUACGAGGGGCCCAAGACUGAAUGCACUUUGUGUGGUGUCAAGUACAGUGCUCGCCUCUCUGUUCGUGAUCACAUAUUCUCCCAGCAACACAUCUCCAAGGUUAAGGAUACCAUUGGCAGUCAGAUUGACAAGGAGAAGGAAUACUUUGACCCAGCUACUGUCCGUCAACUCAUGGCUCAGCAAGAGAUGGACCGCAUUAAAAAGGCCAAUGAAGUUUUAGGAUUGGCGCAGCAGCAGGCCAUGCAACAACAGGGAAUGUUUGAUAACCCUGCAAUGCAGGCGCUUAAUCUCCAGUCAGCCUAUUCCAAUCUACAAGGCAUUCCACCUGUCCUCUUGCCAGGGGUUGGAAGCCCCUCUCUUUCAAGCUUUAACACGUCUAAUUCAGCUUUAACUCCUCCCAAAGCUUCAAACCUGCUGAACAUGCCUGGUGCCAGUGUUCCUUCGCCAAGCCUGCCCACAUCUGGAUUGCCCAAUAAGCCGCCCUCAUCAUCGUCGCUGUCCACACCAAGCCCAGCACAGGCAACCACAUCUGCUUCCCUCUCCAGCACUACAUCUACAUCCAUAUCCACUUCCUCAAGCACCCCACCCGCCUCUCGGCCUGAACACCCCAAAGAACGUGAGGUUGAGAGGCUAAGAGAAAAAGAUAAGCCUAAGGAAAAGACAGAGAAGCCGUCAACCCCAUCUUCAACUGGAAGCACCCCUGCUCCUUCUACUUCUGCUGCCAGCGCCAAGAAGGAAAAGCCCGACCCAGCUGUUCCCGCCACCUCUAUGCCAACACCUGGCAUGGAGUAUGUGGUAGACCCUGCACAGCUUCAGGCCCUGCAGGCUGCCUUGGCUUCAGAUCCUACAGCUCUUCUCACAAACCAGUUCCUUCCAUAUUUCAUGCCUGGGUUUUCCCCUUACUACACCCCACAGAUCCCUGGCGCACUCCAAGGUGGUUACCUGCAACCCAUGUAUGGUAUGGAAAGUCUCUUCCCCUACAACCCCGCGUUGUCACAAGCACUGAUGGGCCUGUCUCCGGGAUCCCUGCUGCAGCAUUACCAGCAAUAUCAGCAGAGCUUGCAGGAAGCCCUCCAGCAGCAGCAGCGGCAGCUUCAGCAGAUCCAACAACCCAAGGGAAGCCAAACUCAAGCUCCCCAUAAAUCCUUGGGGGAUCGUAAAGAAUCUGCCAAAGAUCUGGUAAAAACUGAGGAGCCAAAGGGCAACAACCACAGCACGUCUCCCACCACACCGACCACCCCCUCCACUCAUGAUAAAGUAUGCGCAGAGCAGAAUGAGUCGGACGGCAAAAAUCCGGACACUCAUCUAGACCAGUUCAUCGUCCCCAAGGUGCAGUAUAAACUGGCAUGCCGGAAGUGUCAAGCAGUUUUCACCAAGGAAGAAUCGGCUAUUGCCCACCUUAAGUCAAACUGUUUUUUCGGUCAGUCUGUGGCAAACCUGCAAGAGAUGUUGCUGCGUGUGCCCAGCGGCGUAGGUGCAGGGGCUGGAAGUCUCUACGACUGCCUAGCUUGUGACACUACGUUGGAUGGGGAAAAAGCGCUCAGUCAACAUCUGGAAUCAGCUUUGCACAAACACAGAACAAUCAAGCGAUCAGCCAGAAAUGCCAAAGAGCACGCUAAAAGUUUAUUACCUCACUCUUCAGCCUGCUUCCCCAAUCCUAACGCCACAUCUACCUCGCAGUCUGCCACUCAUCCCAUCAGCAGUCCCACCCCGUCGCCAACGACAUCUGCCACCAUGCCAUCAUCUGCCGUGUCCACCGCCCUUUGCUCCUCCCCCUCCAAUACCCAACUCAACGCCUCAGCUGCCGGCAAACCCUGGCCCCAGGCCCCUUUCUCCAGAGCUUUAGUCGGGAAGCCUAAUGCCAGUCCCUCCUAUGCUUCCUCCCUGUUUCCCCCAGUGUCCUCACCUUCAACGGUUACCUCAAGUUCAUUGAGCACCUCAGGAGUUCAGACCUCGAUACCAACAGACGUCUUUUCCGACGAGUCUGACUCUGACAGCAGUCAGAAGUCGGCAGACAGACUGGGCAGGACGGCAGACGAGCCGCAGCAACCUGGCUUUGUCAAAGACAGUAGUACUUGUAGUAGUAAUCUCGCUAGCGUAGGAACAGACUCCAUCAGAUUGUAA